CUCUUCCUCUGUGUUGAGUCCCCAGUCAUGUGACACCUGAUAAAAAUGGCCACCUUCGUGUUUUGAUUAAUAAUACUUUUAUGUUUGUUUCAUUCUUCGUAGAAUUUGAAUAGAUAACACACAUUUUGUAGGAAACUCUUUCCCCCCCUUUAACUUUAUGACAAUCAAUACAAACUGCUUUUUGUUAUACGAGUUAGACUAUGCACAUUUGUGUAUCUUAAACAGAAAGCUAGCUAGUUUGCUGGCACAAUAGGUAAGCUAAAGCUAGCUGAAAGUAAAGGAAAAACGAUGGAGUUGAGUGCCGACGAGAUCCGCAGGAGGAGACUGGCCAGACUGGCAGGAGGACAAACAUCCCAGCCCAGCACUCCCCUGACAUCCCCACAGAGAGAGACCCCCCCUGGGCCCCUUCCUGAGACCUCAGGGGCCACACCCCAGCCCUUUCCACCAGCUGCCUCACACACACUGGGACUCAAUGUCCAGAGUGUCACCCCCGCCACCUCUCCUAUGGGCGCCUCUGGUGUGGCGUACUGCAGUCAGAGCAGCGAGGGUGUGAGCUCCCUCUCCAGCUCUCCCUCCAACAGCCUGGAGACCCAGAGUCUGUCCAGAUCUCAGAGCAUGGACAUCGACACUGCCUCCUGUGAAAAGAGCAUCAUAUCCCAAGUCGAUGUGGACUCAGGGAUAGAGAACAUGGAUGUGGAGGACAGUGACCGCAGGGAGAGGAGGAACCUGGCUGAAAAGGAAUCCGCUGAAACCUCAGAUGUCUCUGAAGAGCAGGCUCUGCAGCUCAUCUGUAAGAUCCUGCGUGUCUCCUGGAAGGAGCAAGACAGAGAUGUCAUCUUUCUCCCCUCGCUUGCCACAGAGUUCCACCAGAACAGCCCCAAAGACGUCUACUCUGACUUCAAAGACCUGAUUGGCCAGAUCCUGAUGGAGGUUCUCAUGAUGUCCACCAUGUCCCACAUCCACAACCCCUUCGCCAGCCUGACUACCACGUCCCAGCCAAUUGCUGCUGCUAAAUCUCCCGACCACCACCUGAGGCUGGUUCAGCCCUCUAGCCAGGGCGGUAGUCCCAUGGCCACCUGUGCAGGCUCAUUUGGGGCCAGCUCUCUGUCCAGCCUAUACGGGUGUAGUCCACACCCACUGGCUUUGAACCCAGCCAGGAUGACCUCUCCAUCUCUACCUCCCUCCACCCCCUCCUCCCCACAUCCAAUGGUAGCCCCAAGUCCCCCUACCAUGGCCAACCCCUCUAGGCUCUCUCUCUCCGCCCCCCUGCCCGUCUCCCAGCGCUACCGGCCCUAUUCUGUCACCUUUCCCUGGGGGUUCUUCACCCCCCCUUCCCCCACUCUGGCUAGCCUCCCUGGGUUGUCCUCCGUCCCUGGCCCUGUCCCUGCAUGUUUCCCAGCACCGCCCAUCGCCCUGUCCCUGUUGCAGGCCCCAGCCCCAAGACUACCAACCAUCCCCCAGUCGGUUCUCCUUCCCUCCCCCAGACCUCGCCCGCCCAGCUCCAUGCCCCUCCCUCUGGUGCCCACCUCGCCCAGAGCAGCUGCCCGACAAGCUGCCCGGAUCCCGUCUAGCCCCCUCUCCUUUCUGUUCUUCGCCCUCUCUGACAUGUCUCAGGACAGCAGCGACGAAGAGGAUGAGCAGGAGGAAGAUUUUGCGCAGUUUCAGUUUGGGUCCAGUCUGGGUGUGUCUGCAGGGGGAAUGGACUCGCAAUCCUGCAACGACUGCUUCUCCAUCGAGGCGUGCAUGGAGACUGAGAUGCUCAACUACCUCAUCGAGCGCUUCGACAGUGUAAGCAUGGAGGAAAGUAAGGCGCCAAAGAUUUGCAGCCACCCCAGGGUCAGCCAGCUCCUCAGCAACAUACGCUCACAGUGCAUUUCCCACGCCACUCUUGUCCUUCAGGGCGCCCUCACGCAGCCCAGGAGCCCCCUGCAGCAGUCCCUGCUGGUGCCCUACAUGCUGUGCCGAAACCUGCCGUGUGGCUUUAUCCAGGAGCUGGCCCGCAUGACCCACCAGGAGGAGGUCUUCAGACAGAUCUUUGUUCCAGUCCUUCAAGGGCUGGCUCUGGCUGUGAAAGAAUGUUCCUUCGACAGUGACAACUUUAAAUUCCCCCUCAUGGCCUUAGCUGAGCUCUGUGAGAUAAAGUUUGGGAAGACUCACCCCAUUUGCAAUUUGAUGACAUCUCUGCCCCUGUGGUGUCCCAAGUCUCUGGGCCCGGGGAUGGGCCGAGAGGCUCAGAGACUGUCCUUCCUGGGAGCAUUCUUCAGUCUGUCGGUCUUUGCAGAGGAUGACACCAAAGUGGGUGACAAGUACUUCUCAGGCCCAGCCAUCACCAUGGAGAACACUCGCGUGGGUAGCCAAACCCUGCAGCACUACCUGGAGUCAGCCCGGUGUGACUUGUUUAAAAUUCUCCACAACAUCCUAUUAAAUGGAGAGACAAGAGAGGUAGCGCUCAACUACAUGGCAGCUCUGGUCAACCGCAAUGUGAAGAAAGCCCAGAUGCAGACGGACGACAAGCUGGUGUCCACGGACGGCUUCAUGAUUAACUUCCUGUCGGUGCUGCAACAGCUGAGCAUGAAGAUCAAGCUGGAGACGGUAGACCCGUACUACAUUUUCCACCCCCGCUGCCGCCUGCAGGUCAGCCGUGAGGAGACCCGGCUCAAGGCCACCAUGGAAGAGCUCAAGACCUGGCUGGCCGAGAUACAUGAUGACCCUUCCAAGUUCUAUAAUCCCAAGUUCCCCACAGAGUGUUUCUUUCUGACGUUGCACACCCACCACCUGUCCAUCCUACCAGGCUGCCGACGCUACAUCCGCAGGCUGAGAGCCAUUCGCGAGCUCAACAGGACGGUGGAAGAGCUGAAGAAUAGUGAGAGCCAGUGGAAGGACUCUCCGCUGGCCAGCCGACACCGAGAGAUGCUGAAGAGAUGCAAAACCCAGCUCAAGAAACUGGUGCGCUCCAAAGCCUGUGCCGAUGCGGGUCUUCUGGACGAGAACCUGUUACGCAGAUGUCUGCAGUUCUACAGUAUGGUCAUUCAGCUCAUCCUACGCAUGGUGGAUCCUGCCUACCCACACGUAACUCUACCACUGAAUCCCGAGAUCCCAAAAAGCUUUGCUGCUCUGCCAGAGUUUUACAUUGAAGAUGUGGCCGAGUUCCUGCUUUUUGUUGUGCAGUAUUCCCCUCAGGUUCUGUAUGAGCCCUGCGUCCAGAACAUUGUUACCUUCCUGGUGGUGUUCAUCUGCAGUCAGAACUACAUCCGGAACCCCUACCUGAUCGCCAAGCUGGUGGAGAUUCUGUUUGUCACCAACCCAGCUGUGCAGCCGCGCACCCAGUGCUUCUCUGAGAUGAUGGAGAACCAUCCACUGUCCGUCAAACAUUUGGUCCCGGCCCUCAUGAAGUUCUACACUGACGUGGAGCACACCGGUGCCACCAGCGAGUUCUAUGACAAGUUCACCAUCCGCUACCACAUCAGCACCAUCUUCAAGAGCCUCUGGCAGAACAUGGGCCACCAUGGCACUUUCCUGGAAGAGUUCAACUCCGGGAAACAGUUUGUGCGUUACAUCAACAUGCUGAUCAACGACACCACCUUUCUGCUGGACGAGAGCCUGGAGUCCCUGAAGCGCAUCCAUGAGGUCCAGGAGGAGGUUAAAAACAAGGAGCAGUGGGAUCAGCUUCCCAGGGAGCAGCAGCAGAGCCGCCAGUCCCAGUUGACCCAGGAUGAGCGGGUGUCACGCUCCUACCUGGCCCUGGCUACAGAGACGGUCGACAUGUUCCACAUCCUCACCAAGCAGGUCCAGAAGCCCUUCCUCCGGCCCGAGUUGGGGCCUCGUCUGGCGGCCAUGCUGAACUUUAACCUCCAGCAGCUAUGCGGGCCCAAGUGCCGGGACCUGAAGGUGGAGAACCCAGAGAAGUACGGUUUUGAGCCCAAAAAGCUCCUAGACCAGCUUACUGACAUUUACCUGCAACUUGACUGUGCCCGCUUCGCCAAGGCCAUCGCCGACGACCAGCGGUCAUACAGCCGAGAGCUCUUUGAGGAAGUGAUUUCCAAGAUGAAGAAAGCCGGGAUCAAGUCCACCAUCACCAUUGAAAAAUUCAAGCUGCUAUCGGAUAAGGUGGAGGAGAUAGUCGCCAGGAACUCUCAGUCCGAAAUGGACUACAGUGACGCACCUGACGAGUUUAAAGACCCUCUGAUGGACACAUUAAUGACUGACCCUGUGAUACUGCCCUCUGGGAACAUCAUGGACCGAGCCAUCAUCCUCCGCCACCUUCUCAACUCCCCAACUGACCCAUUUAACAGACAGCCUCUCAACGAAAGCAUGCUGGAGUCACUCCCUGAACUGAAGGAGAGGAUCCAGGCAUGGAUGAGAGAGAAGCAAGGCCAGGGACGUUUCCUCUAGUGACACCCCCAACUCCGGGGGUAAGGGAUGUUAUCGCCACGACUGAAUUCAAUGCCAUCAAGAAAAAAUAGAAUAAAAGAAAUGUGAUUUUUCUCCCUUUAUCCUUAUUUUCUCAGAUCGUCAUCUGAAGGCCCUUGGCUCUAAAAAUGAAACAUAAUAAAAUUACGACUUUUAAAAGUU